AUGCAGUCGCUGUCAAGUCCAGGUACGACAGGUAGGCAACUCCGCUACUAUCGCGGACUAAGCGGAGGCGGAGACACCACCACAGAUAACUUUCAGACAUUCGAUCUUGGUGGCUUCAGCCUGGAAGAACACAGAAUCACAGAUUACCAAGAACUCAAGAUAAGACCUUCGCCCUUCGAACCCUUCAAGAGUGUGACUAUUAAGAAUUUAAACAUGGGGACACUGAUGCGAGGAAAGGGAGUUGAAAUUCGUGUUGGCCCAACACCCUCGCAAGACGAAACAUGGACUCUUCCCUUGAACCUACUCUCCUACCAUUCACUUUACGUCACAAAAGCCUGCCUGUGGAGCAAAAACAAGCAACUCCAUCUGCCUGAGCACGAUCCCGCCAUUUUCAGCCUGUUUGUCGAGUGGAUGUACUACGGAGACUACAGCACUUUCAUGCUUCCGAAACACCCCAACGUACACGCACGAUGUUGGAUUCUCGCCGACUAUCUCCUCUGUCAAAAAUUCCAGACAUACGCGAUGGGCCGUCUCUUCGACGAACACGUAGGCUCAAACCACGGUAUCGUCGGAUUUGAAGAUGUGCAGUAUGUGUGCAAUAACACGCCGUCAGAUUCGAAGUUGAGAAAGUUCUACCUCGAUUUUGUCGCAGAUCAUUUUGGUAAUCUCAACUGUUUAUUGGGGAACCUAACAGACUGGCAAAGGCUUCUCGUGGAUGAGCCAUAUAUUCUUUCUGCCUUGUUCCGGAAGCUCCGAUAUGGCGAAACGGGGGAGUCUCAUGUCAAGAGGAUCUCUGACUACACUGAAUUCGAGCCCAUUGUGGCAGAGCCGCCGCGGUUGAGAAUGAACAUUGACGUCGCCGGACUAGCUCUUGAGAAGAAAGAGGAUGAGGUUCCAGAGCCUCAUUGUGGGGACGCCAAUUCUUCUUCGCACGAGCAGGAGGCUCGUGGGGAACAGCAGAAUGGGAGACUUGCUACAGAGUAG